UCCGCGUCCAUAAAUACCUCCUACUCAUGGUGAAAGCUGCCUGUAUUCUUUUUUCGUUUUUUCUGAAAUAGAAACCCUAGCCGCGCUAUACCCAUCACACUCUUGUUCUCCUCACAAGGUGUCUUCCACUUCUUCUUGAUUCCCUCGCAUCAAAGAAAAUGGCGCCUAAGAAGGAGAAGGCUCCCCCACCAUCUUCCAAGCCCGCAAAAUCCGGCGGUGGCAAACAGAAGAAAAAGAAAUGGAGCAAAGGAAAGCAGAAGGAGAAGGUGAACAACAUGGUUCUCUUCGAUCAGGCUAGUUAUGACAAGCUUCUUUCAGAAGUUCCGAAGUACAAGCUCAUCACCCCUUCGAUCUUGUCUGACAGACUGAGGAUUAAUGGAUCACUUGCAAGAAGGGCAAUCAAAGAUCUGAUGGCAAGGGGUUCCAUCAGAAUGAUUUCUGCUCACUCAAGUCAGCAGAUAUACACCAGAGCCACCAAUACCUAGAAGCAGCUAGUGCUUCUUCUCACUUCUUGCCUUAUACAUUUAUGUUCUGUUAUCACAAACAAAAUGCCCUCGUUUCAUUUUUGGAUUGCAUAUUUACUCUAUCAGUGCUCAGUUUUGGUGGUUGCUGCCAUCCUAAGUAAUUAUUUUGCUACUUUAGUUUUCUCCAUUUAGACUUAUUAUUGAUUGUAGUGCAUUAAAACGAUUGAGCUUUUGUUUCUUUAACUUUGCCUUAUCUGCAUAUCAUAAAAAAAGGGGUAUCGGUUGGGUGGA